CUGCUGGAGGAGCGGAGCGGCAGAGUGCGAGGGGCCCCGGUAGUCUUCCAAUGCUGGGGAGCCGGGAAACAGGAACCGCGGGCAGCGGGGAUGCGGCUGCCCGGCCAGCGGUGAUGCUGAGCCGGGCACACCGCUGGGAGGAGACGCCUCCUGGCCGCGCAGGGUGUCGUCUCACCGGCCUGGUCAGCUGGAAGCAGAGACCGUGCAGGACUUCAGCCCUGUUUGCUGCAGCCAACACGGUGAUCUGGUUCGUGGCCUUCAGCUCUCUCCGAACCUUCAGCCUCCUCAGCCUCCUGCUGGCUCUGCUGGUCGUCACCGUGACCGCCAGAGACUUCGCUCGCUCCAGAUCCACAGGAGCUCACUUAUGGCGCAGCAUGACUGCAAGCUGGGAGAUCAUUGACUCAGGCCAGGACAGCCCGUCUGGGACUGGACCUCAGCUCAGCGACUCCAUCAAACUCUUCCUCCAGGAGACAUCGGCUUUCAAACAGCAAAACCCUGGCAAGUUUUGCUUGCUGGUUUGCAGCUUGUGCACCUUCUUGGCUGUUUUAGGACGCUACAUUCCAGGGAUUAUUAUCUCAUAUAUUUUAGUGUUGGCCGUUUUCCUGUGGCCUCUGAUUUCUUUUCACGAGAUUAGUUUGUGGCUAGAGCCAGUUCUGCAGAAGCUGGACUUUGGCAUCGGAGAGUUCAUUCAGAAAAUCAAAGACAACCAUGAGAAGAGAAUCAUGCAGGCUCAGACUGAGACCGAGGGCAUCGAGUCGGACCUCUCAUCCAUGUUUCCCAAGCUCGACUCCACAGUGUGUAAGGAAAUGUCUGUAUCGGACACAGAGGUGUCUGAUGUGACGUGGACGGACAACGGUACUUUCAACCUGUCAGAAGGACAUACACCACAGACUGAGAACUCAGAGGACCUCGACAGAGAAGAAGCGUUCACUGGAGGCCUUCCAGAAUUCCCCUCACUUGACAACGGCGCAACGACCAAUGGCGACGACGACGACGAUGACUUCAGCCUCGGCCUUCCCUCGCCUCCACCUCAGCUGCCAAUCAAAUCCAAGCAUACACCCUUUCCAAACAAAGACCAAUCCACCGUCAAAGCCCUCGAUUUAGUCAACCAGAUGGCGGGCGACUUCAUCACCGCCGCUGUCACAGCCGCCAUGCAGGAGAGAAUAGAAGCUGCGGUCGGUUUGACAGCGCUGAGCUCAAGACUCCCAGAUUCCACCAGGCUGCUGGAGCUGGCCGAGGAGUCGGACAGCGACAUGGAGGACUUUGAGCUGUUGGACCAGUCGGAGCUGGAGCUACUGGACGGGGAGCUGGGGCUGGGAGAGGUGAAGGUCCAGGCUAAAAAGGAGGCUCAGGCCAAGAGUGACGAGCCGGCCUCUUCUGGAUUCUUCUCCAAACUCCUGAGACGCCACUGAUUGAUAAAUAGUAUGAUUGGCAAGGGAGAAGGACAGGUUACAGUGAACAUGUGGAGGGGAGGUGGGGGUGCUCUGGUUACAGAGAACUGUUAGGAGUUGUGAGAAAACAAUGUUUCCAUUUAUCUUUUUCCUGUAGAGCUGACAUCAAUAUUUCAAAACUGGUUAGUUCGUCAAAUAUGGAGGUAAAAGUCACUUUGAUCAGAAUCAUCCAAGCUUAAUGCCGAGAUCAGACUACACAAUAUCAGCCAGAUAAAGGCCCGGCCAGACAGAGGUCAGGACGAUAAUGGGUGUUGGGUUCCUUCUCUCGCCGAGUUUGAUAACACCUUCAACGUGUGCUAUUAAGUUGGUGUGAGAAGGAGGAAACACUUAGAAAUCUUGGAAAACAUAAACAUGAGAGUUAUUUUGACUGCAUAUUUAUUUAUUUAUCUAUUUAUCUUUUUAAACAUUUAUUUGGUUUAUUGUUGUGCGCCCCUACAGUUUUUGCUCGUAUUGGACUAGCAGCCAGCUCAGAGCAAUUUAGAUUAGCCUAUUGGUUCAUAAUGCUAAUGGUCCAUGACCAUUAAUACAACCAUAUCGUGAAGUCUGAUCCCGGCAUAAAAGGUUGUUUAUGGUUUAAUUACUAAGGCCCUACUUUUUGUUUUAAUCAAUGAAUUAAUCAAUGGCCUGGACAGAAAUGGUGAAACAGAUGUACCAUAGGAAUUUCAAAAUAAAGGCGUAUCUUUUAGAUAAUGAUAUCACCUGAUCACAUUGGAUUGGUGAGAUCAAUUUCAACAACAUAUAAACACUUGUUACAUGUUUUUUAAGACACGCAUAGUACAACAUAGUUGCAACCCAAUAUAAUUAUUUACGGUAUGAAGUUUUACACACAUGAACAAAUCCUCAUAAGCGUUGAUAAAUGUGUUAAAAGCGAAUGCAGACAUGGGGCUUGAAAGUUAAGUUCAGAUCUCGGAAAUAGUAGUCUAACAAACAAAAACUAUUAAACUCAAUAUAGACAGUUCACAACACUCCUAACACUCACUUUGAUUCUGAGUUGAUUCAUUCAACUACAUUACCCAGAAUUCCACGGACAUAAAAUUGAUAGGCAAACAAAACACCUUUAAUGCUCAAAAUACUACUAAUGGUUGGAUGGUUGACUAUGAAGAGGAAAAAGGAGGAAACAUUUUUUUAUUUUAUAUGUACUUUUUUCUUCAUUAAAAAUAUGUAGUCGAACAACUUUUAUUUUAUAACAACAUACAGCAGGUCUCAAAAAUCUUGGCUAACCCAUCCAAAACUAAAAUGUAGUUUUAGUGCACUGAAAGUAAAAUGUCAUGAGAUGGAUCAUUUCCAUUUGCACCUUAAUUAAUAUUUAACGAUGCGCCUAUGUAGGGCAGUCUGCUGUGUCAAGCAUCAGUCGUGAAUUCACAGAAUGAAGACGAAGAAUAACUGAACUGUUUUUUUUAACAUGCCUUGUACAUUAAAAUACAUUGUUUUUAUAAUAAAGACACAGCAAUGUAUAAUGUAUCCCUCUUUAAUUAAUAAUAUAAUGCCUUGUAUUAGCAUAACUCUAAAGAUUACUAUAGACGUAUUUGUUUAUCAGUGCCUAGGAUGACUUUAUAGUGGCUGCAGUUCAUUUCUAGCUCACAUGUGAUAACUGUAUUAGACAAAGAAAUGUUCCAACCUCUAAAUAAGAAUUGAGGCAGGUUCAGCCUUCACUAAAUGAAAUAUCUUUUAGAAUAUUCAGUAAACAGAUCAAUUAUUAAAAUGUUUCGUUUUUCUUCUGGUUGUAUCAUGGUGGCUUCAAUGCCUUUGUCUAAAAGUGAGAAAUCCUAUAAACUUAGUUCAAAAACAUGUUGGUGUGUGGAGAACCAAAAUGCAUUAACAAAAUGUGCUUUUAUGAAAUUAAUCUGAAGACUGUAAAUAAAAUGUUGUAACGCAG